AUGUACGCAGCCACCUUGCCAGCACCCAACACCACCAUGAGAGCCACCGCUCGCACGGACCGCUUCCAGGCGCACGCCUUCCACCACGUCGAGCUGUGGUGCGCCGACGCGGCCGGCGCCGCUAGCCGCUUCUCCUCCGCGCUUGGCGUGCCGCUCGCGGCGGUGUCCGACCUCUCCACCGGCAACUCCGCGCACGCCUCCCGCCUCCUCCGCUCCGGCUCUCUAUCACUCCUCUUCACCUCCUCACACUCACAGCAGGAGCACCACAUGGACGGCGCAACCAUACCCUCCUUCUCCCCGAACGACGCGAGCCGCUUCGUCGCAGACCACGGCGGGCCCGCGGUGCGCGCCAUCGCGGUCCGCGUCUCGGACGCAGCCGAGGCCUUCCGCGCCAGCGUCGACGCCGGCGCGCGCCCGGCCUUCGCCCCCGCCGACCUCGGCCUUGGCUUCUGCUUCGCCGAGGUGGAGCUCUACGGCGACGUCGUUCUGCGCUUCGUGAGCUGCCCGGCAGACAACGCCGUCGUCACCUUCCUCCCGGGGUUCGAGGAUAUCGACGUGGACAGCUCCGGCGCGGCUGACUAUGGGCUGAGGCGGAUCGACCACGUCGUCGGCUGCCUCCCGGAGCUGGCCCCGGUGGCCGAGUACAUUGCCAGUUUCACGGGGUUCCACGAGUUCGUGGAGUUCACGGCGGAGGACGUGGGCACGGCGGAGAGCGGUCUGAACGUGGUGGUGCUCGCCAACAAGACGGAGACCGUGCUCCUGAACCUCACCGAGCCGGUGCAUGGCACGAAGCGGCGCAGCCAGAUACAGACGUACCUUGACCACCACGGCGGGCCAGGCGUGCAGCACAUCGCGCUGGCCAGCGACGACGUGCUGGGCACGCUCAGGCAGAUGAUGCGGGCGGCCGGGGCCUUUGAGUUCCUAGAACCGCCCCCGCCAAACUACUACGACGGCGUACGGCGACGCGCCGGGGACGUGCUGUCUGAGGCCCAGAUAAAGGGGUGCCAAGAGCUGGGCGUGCUGGUAGACAGGGAUGACCAAGGAGUUUUGCUCCAAAUCUUCACCAAGCCGGUGGGAGAGAGGCAAACACUUUUCCUGGAGGUGAUCCAGCGGAUCGGGUGCAUGGAGAAAGACGAGGAGAGCGGGAGGGAGCAGCAGAGGGGUGGCUGCGGCGGCUUUGGCAAGGGAAACUUCCACGAGCUGUUCAAGGCCGUGGAGGAGUACGAGAAGUCUCUUGAGGCCAAGCUUGUUUGUCAGUAA